AUGGCUCCGCACGGCUCAGGCUACGACUCUCCGAGACUCUCUGUCCCCAUGCACGACUUGCACGAGCGAGCGCCGACGCCGCAGAGCAUCACGCGCCGCCGACUCGACAUCUCGCCCAAGAAGCAUCGCAAGGCGUCCGCGCCCCUGCAAGUCGUCUUUGUCGGAGUCGCCGUUCGUGACCGCUCCGACCUCGACGACAAGGGGCCCGAGUAUGCGGUCGCUGUCAGCGACGGUACCGGCAUCGCCGAGCACAAUUUCCGCCCGAAGGGCGAGUCGUGCUCCGACGCUCUCGAGUACAUCCUCGACCUCGCGAAGAAGUACUCAACGCAGCGCGGUCACAAGAUCCAAAUCCUCGCGCUCGCGCGCACCUGCACCGGCUUGAAAGAAGAAUCGACUUUCACGCCCUCGCCCCUCCCGUCUUCCGGCAAACCCGACUUCCUAACCCGCGUCUGGCUCGAACUCGAUGCGAUCCCUUACCUCGGCUCGCACGAUGCUGCAGAGGGUCAGUUUUCGCUUGAUGCGCAGGCGACGGCUGCGGUUGAGGAGGCGUUGGGAAAUUUGGUGCCCAUGUCCAGCUCGACGGUCAAGAUCUCGGUUAGCCCGUUGCGUCAGGUGCUCGUCGACGCCGACUUCCGAGUCCACCUCUACUCCCUCCCCGUUCUCAAAUCCAUCACCUCCCCGGCGCUAUGGAACACCUUCAGCGGCCUCGGCCAAGCGCUCGCAGCGCAAAAGACCAACGUCGCCUUCUUCUCGGCCACUCCGCGUGGCGGUGGUGUUGCGCUCAUGCGACACUCGCUCAUGCGGAUCUGGAACGCGGCGGGCUUGAAUGUGAGGUGGUAUGUCCCGGCGGGCGAUGCGAGCGUCUUCAACAUCACCAAGCGCAAAUUCCACAACGUCCUCCAAGGCGUCGCAGACCCUGACGUCCUCCUCCACGACGACGACAAAGCGCUCUUCGAGGCCUGGACCUCGCAUAACUUCAAGAGGUUUUGGGCUGGAGAGGACAGUCCGUUGAGGAGGUUGGAUAUUGCGGUGAUUGAUGAUCCCCAACUCACCGCCUUGAUCCCCAUCAUCCGCCGCGAUUCGCCCCGCACCAAGAUCGUCUUCCGCUCGCACAUCCAGAUUCGCGCCGACCUGAUCGACAAGGGCGAGAAGCAGCAGAAGGCGACGUGGGACUACCUUUGGAGCUUUAUCAAGCAGGCGGAUUUGUUCGUUUCGCACCCGGUCAAAGAGUUUGUUCCGAAGGUCGUGAUGGACAACCUGCCCGUCGUCUACAUGCCUCCCUCAACCGACCCACUCGACGGCCUCAAUAAGCCGAUCGAGAAGAGCGUCCUGAACACUUACCGCCACACCUUUGACUCCGCCGUUCAGUCGUCGGACGGACGGAAGGUCGACUGGAAUCGUGGGUACAUCAUCCAGGUCGCUCGGUUCGACCCGUCGAAGGGCAUCCCGCACCUCGCUGAGGGCUACCGCCUUUUCCGCGAGCAUGCUGAGAAGACGGGCGAAUUCGAGCACCCUCCUCAGCUUAUCAUGACCGGCCACUCCUCCGUCGACGACCCGGACGGCACGCUCGUCCUCCACCAGCUGCACGAGCAAAUCCAGGACAAGAAGUUCGAUGGGAUCCGGGAGGACAUCUACGCCAUCCGCGCUCCGCCUUCCGACCGCCUCCUCAACGCCAUGUUGCGCGGCUCGGACGUUGUGUGCCAGGUCUCGACCCGUGAAGGGUACGAGAUCAAAGUCACCGAGGCGGUUCACAAGGGAAAAUGGGUCAUCGCGACCAAGGCCGGAGGAAUCCCGCUACAGGUUAGGAAUGGCGUCGACGGCGAAAUUGUCGAAACGGAGGACCCGCAGGGUAUCGCCAACGCGCUCAUCAACUUCUACGCCAACGACAAAUUGAAGAGCAGCCGGAGCGAGAAGACGGCCAACGACAUUCACGAUGUGCGAGGCGGACGGCACUCCGACAAGGACGCUGGGCCUUCGGAGCGCGACCUCUCGGUUGGCAACGCGACGAUGUGGCACCUGAACUGGGCGAAGCUGAUCGGCUUGUCGGGGCACAUCAAGCUGACGAAGGAACAAGAAGCGCUCUGCGACUGGCUCGACAUCGCGCGCGAUGGCCGGCAGUGCAGCGUCGAAUCGAUUCGGAACAAGCGCGUUUGGGAGGACGUGCUCGUGCCCGGCUUUGCGAAGGAGGACAAGAAGUAG